CGCCCGCCCCUUCCGUCGCGCGGAGCCUUGUGGGGCGGCGGGGGGAGGCCCGGCUCCCCUCCAAGAUGGCGGCGGCGGUGGCAUCGGCGGCGCGGAGCCUGGCGCGUGUCCGGGGGGGCCUCCUGCUCCCGCCCCCGCCCGGGGGUCCCUGCCGGAGGGCUCAGAUGGCGUCCCUGUCCAGCCUCUCCCGGGGCAGGAAGGUGGCGCUGACCACCCUGGGGGUGCUGGCAGCAGGCGGAGCAGGCCUGGCCUUGGGCCUCCACGCGGCAGUGAGCGCUGGGGAGCUGGAGCUGCACCCGCCCAACUAUCCCUGGAGCCACGGUGGGAUGCUGUCCGCCCUGGACCACAGCAGCGUCCGGCGUGGCUACGAAGUGUACAAACAAGUGUGUUCUGCUUGCCACAGCAUGGAGUACUUAGCCUUCCGCAACCUCGUUGAAGUCUCUCACACGGAAGCUGAAGCCAAGGCCUUAGCUGAAGAGUUCGAGAUUCAAGACGGACCUGAUGAAAAUGGCGAGAUGUUCAUGCGUCCUGGCAAGCUGUCUGAUUACUUUCCCAAACCGUACCCCAAUCCUGAAGCAGCCAGGGCUGCUAAUAACGGAGCGCUCCCCCCAGACCUCAGCUAUAUUGUCAAUGCCAGGCACGGUGGGGAGGACUACGUGUUCUCCCUCCUCACUGGCUACUGCGAUCCCCCUGCUGGGGUGACGCUACGUGAGGGACUGUACUUCAACCCCUUCUUUCCUGGGCAAGCUAUUGCCAUGGCCCCACCCAUCUACAACGAGAUCCUGGAGUUUGAGGAUGGGACCCCAGCCACCAUGUCACAGAUAGCCAAGGACGUCUGCACCUUCUUGCGGUGGGCAGCGGAGCCGGAGCACGAUCAUCGCAAGCGGAUGGGCCUGAAGAUGCUGCUGAUCGGAGGCCUGCUGAUGCCCCUCAUCUAUUACUUGAAGCGGCACAAGUGGUCCGUCCUGAAGAGCAGGAAGAUCGCCUACCGGCCUCCCAAGUGACGCGCUGCAGUGGCCUCGGCUGACUGACCUCUGGUGCCGGAGCGGAGCUGCCUUUCUGCUCCAGGAAUGAAUGCGUAGGCCGCAGAUGGGCGCGCGUGCCUCUCCAAUGCUGUUUCUGUUAUUUAACGUCUCCCCCUCCAUGCAAUCACCCAUGAAGCCUUGGGAAGAGGACCUUGGGAGACGGGGGUGGCAGGCAGGCACCCAAUAAACACAUGUCUUCAACCA